GUCGAAAAAUGAUACAUAUUACCUUGGGACUGUUCAGAAAAGGCGAUGUGAAGAUGCAAAGAAACAGAUGCGAACGAAACUUAGGAAAGGAAAUGUUGAGAGCUGGACUAACGGUGAUAUUCUUAUUGAACGGUGGGAAGACAGACGAGAGGUUUGUAUGAUAAAUUCAUUCAUGGGACAUGCAAUGACUGAGAAGCUUUCAACUAAUCCAUUCAACACACGGAAUAAACCUAACACCGUUCUGCUCUACAAUUCGAAAAUGGGAGGAGUUGACGACGUGGACAAGGUGACGAAGCCGAACAAGUCCAUUAGGAAGACCAUUAAGUGGUACAAAAAAGUGUUCUUCCAUCUCUGGGACCAUCCGGUGUAUAAUAGUUUCAGAGCGUACAAAAUUAUUCACCCAAAUUCCAAGCGAAGAUACAAGUAAUUUGUGGAGUCACUCGUAAAAGAAAUUCUUCAACAGUUCCCAACUGAUCCGUCUCAUGUCGGACGACCCCUUUUACGCCUCUCCGAAGAGUUAAGACUUCAGGGU